AUGUCGCCUACCAAGGACCCCAGAAGAGUCGACCUGAUCGUCCCUUACCAAGAGCCGAAGGGCUCAGGUGAUUCGACCGAUCUCUCCUCGACGAUGUCUACUACCCUGCCAAUGGCCGCCAUGUUCACGCGCAACAAGAUGGUUGGAUGGGCGUCUGUUGUUUUCUCUAUCCAGAGCUGGCUCGGUGAGAGCGAGGACUCGAAGAAGAACUCCACCACUCCUGGAUACUUCUCCGUCGGCAUGUCCAUCAUGGCUCUUGCUGUUACUUACCUCCCUAUGUUCCUCCCACCCGUCGGCGGUAAGCAGGCUUCUGGCACCGAGGCCCCUGCUCCUGUUCCUCUGGCAUAG